AAUAACAAAUGUAAAAUGAUCCUAAAUAGAGUUAAGCAACCCUGUUGCUUUAAAUGACAAUUCUCAUGUGACAAGAAAAAUGUUGGGCCAAUUGGGACGAGACUUAUUAAACGUAGAGCAUCGUAUUUUGGAUCACCGUCCAUUUGUAAAUGGAGAAAUAAAUCAUUUUCUGAAUGAGUUUGAAUUGAAACGUAACGAAAUUGAAGUGGAAACUCUUUUCAAAGUCACAGAAACUGUAGGUGACCUCAAGUACGAUUUAUUGGAACGUUGCCUUUCCUUGAGUACAACACAUUUAAAGGAACUGGGACAAGAAGUGGAUAAUUUGUUUCUUGGAAUUGAACAAUUCCUUUCCAAAGCACAAUUGCCAAAAGAGCAAAGUGAAACGCUUACAAAAUCUCGUGAAAAUCGUGUGUUAAAACGAGAUAGUUUCCUCCUUGAUUUGAAUCACAGAUACGAUCGAGUAAAGAAUUCAUUUGAGGAAAAGGAAGAAGAAAUUGACGAGCUGUAUUCCGAUUUACAAGUUAAAUUGAAUAUUCCAAAAUAAACAACAGUUUCAGAAUGUCUAAGAUUAG